ACAUUUAAAAAACAAACAUGUGAUUUCGCGAAGACAAUUAGACGACUUCAACGUGAAAAUAAUGAGUUGAAAAAAUCUAGUCUAUCAACUAUAACACUACCAAAACCUAAACGAGAAAAAACUAAAUACCAAACAGAUGCCGAAAAUUUACUUCAUGAUGCCUCAAGUAAGCAGUUUGUAGAGACAAGAGCUUUCAGAGAAGGGAGGCGUAUUUUGGAAAAACAUUUUAUCUUGGGUAUAAUUGGCGCUGUAGGAGAUGGUAAAACAGUAAUGUGUCGGAUGGUCGCCAAUUCGUUCUUGACGGUUCAUAAAAAUUUUAUUCCAUUGGAAAUAGGACACCCGAGGGACCUGGAUUCCGUAACUUUUACAGAUGAGGAUAGCUACUUAUUGAUUAUUGAUGUAAUGUUUGGUAUAUGGACACGUACAAUAAAAGAACAAAUGCAAGAAUGGCCAAAAAAUUUUGAGUUAUUAUAUUUAGCAAAACAAAAACGUAAAUCGGCAAUAAUCUAUGUUAUGAGACAUGAUGUCUACCAGGCUUGUCAGCAUCUUCUUGGGAAGUAUGAAAUAUUCUCUACAUUAUAUCGGUUACAGCUUCAUGAGACACAAUUCCAGUUGUCAAAUGAUGAAAAAAGGGAUAUUUUGCGAUACCAUUUGGGAAACUGUUCCGACAAUAUGCUGGGGAAGAUGGUGGAACACAGUUCAGGAUGCUUUGGUUUUCCAGGUAUUGUCAGUCUUUGUAGUAAAAGUAGUAAAACUUACACAGAAGAAGAAAUUUGGAUGCUAAAUGGUCUAUUUGAUUUUUUGAACAGGGAAUACGACAUAUUCUGGAAGGAAGAUAGAAUUAAGUAUAUGGCUUUAUUUGUUGUAUUUAGUCCACGGCCUCUCUCCGAGGAUGGAAUACGACAAAAGACGAAUCACUUACUACAAAAUCAGAUACAACAAGCAAUGGGGUAUUCCGGUGGAGUAGAAGAUAUUCUCGAUUCGUGCAAAAAUUUAACUGGUUCUUACGUAAUAUGUGAUGAGGAAAAUGAGAAGCGCAUGUCUUUAUCAGAAAAGGUGAUCAGACCCUUUCUGCUUCAUGUCUCUCAGCGAUUUAUAGAACUGACAAUAAAAUUUUGUCCCUUUGAUCUCUUAAUAGAUCACGUGUCUACCGUACCGGAUGAUCACAAGGUUUUCAUAAAGUCCUCUCGUUAUGUUGAUCUAUAUGAAAGAUUCUCUCGUGAAUUGCAGGAGAAGAAUGAAGCUGUGUUAUUCCACCAAGCAUUUCUUGACAGUAAUUUCUUGCAAAAGGUACUUAAUGUAGAUAGUGGUGACAUGCUGCUAAAUCCCGAGCUAAAGAUACAGCUUGGUGGUGAUCCAAUGGACGAGGGACAUUUUCUGCAUUAUGUAUGCUUAUUUGGAUAUUUGAAAGAGAUGCAAAUAGUUUUCGCAUACUCCAGCAAAAGUACUGCAAUUUUAUGUGACAUAAAAACAAAGCUUGGGUUUGAUUUAUUAAGCCUUGCUGUUAAAUCCAAGAACGAGGCAAAAGAUAAAAUAAAAUAUUUACGUGAUGAGAAAAAUGUUAUGGAAUGCCAGAGUAAAACUGAAAUUCAACAACUUAUUCGUACAGCAGCCAAGGCAAACAAUUUGGAUACUCUGAAACAUGUUAGUUCUUUUACAGAUAUUGACAUUAGCUCUGUGGAUCUUAACCAGCAAACUUUUCUACACCAUGCCUGUGAUUCGGAUUAUGAUGUCCCAGAAAUCGUCCAAUAUCUCAUUGCAAAAGGCGCGGAUGUCGAGGCAAAGGAUAAAAAUGGCUGCACUCCUCUAAAUCUAGCAGUUAAACGAGGAAAAUUCUUGACAAUAGAUUGUCUCAUAAAACUAAAAGCUUCUGUCACCGUGGCUGACAAAGACAGCAAAUUACCCAUUCAUGUAGCUGCCAACUCAAAUGCAGGCCGUUUGGAUAUUGAUACACCUGGUAUAAUAGAACUGUUGGUGGGCGCUGGAUCACCUGUUAAUGCUAAAGAUGCUAGCGGUAGAACACCACUGGUAGAAGCCCAUGCUAAAUUUGACGAAAAGACGAUUGGUGUGUUAAUUAAAAAAGGAGCAGUAGACCAAACUCCUUCGGUUGAACAACUUUCUACGGAUGAACAGUUGUCUACAGAUGGCCAAUCUCUUAUGGUUAAAGAUCAUUCUAUAAAUGAACAGUCUCAUUCAAAUGGAAUUGAUCUUACGGUUGAACAGCUUUCUACAAACGAACAGCUUUCUACAGAUGACCAGCUUCUUACAGCUGACAAACGUUCUGCAGAUGGACAACCUACACGAGAUCACAAAGUAGACCAAACUCCUUCGGUUGAACAACUUUCUACGGAUGAACAGUUGUCUACAGAUGGCCAAUCUCUUAUGGUUAAAGAUCAUUCUAUAAAUGAACAGUCUCAUUCAAAUGGAAUUGAUCUUACGGUUGAACAGCUUUCUACAAACGAACAGCUAUCUACAGAUGACCAGCUUCUUACAGCUGACAAACGUUCUGCAGAUGGACAACCUACACGAGAUCACAAAGAUGAUGUUGAAGCAACCGCGAGGGAAAAAAAGAACCAGAUAGAAGAUUCCAGCAACGAAUUUCCGCUCCAUCAUUCAGCGUAUGUUGACGAUAUACAUAAAUUCAUAUCAGUAUUAGACCAGUAUAAAGAUAGUAUAAAAAUAGUAGAUAACGAUGGUAAAACGCCUUUAGAAAGAGCUUGUUUUUCUGAAUUUGAAAUUGUACAUAAAGUAAAGCUUCUUGUUUUUAGAGGUUAUACAUCCUGUAAAAUGCUUGUUAAUAUAUGUCAAUCAGCCCCAAAUGAUUUACUUAAACUUAUAUUUGAUAAAACUAUAUAUGAUACAAUGAACGAAUUUGAUCAAACCGGGAUACUAGAGAUUAGAAACCGUUUAUUACAAGGUGGAGGUUUAGAUGAUCUAGAUACAAACAAAAAAACAUUAUUGCAUUAUGCCUGUCAAUAUAGCACUUUAACGACUGUUCAGUAUUUGAUUGAUAAUAACUGUAACGUGAACUGUGUAGGUGGUAAGUAUAAAAUAACACCAGUAUUCUAUUGCUGUUAUAAAGAUGUACCUCAAGCAGUUGAAAAGAUGCAAAUCUUGGUGAGUAAUGGAGCUAAUUUAGAUGUUACAGAUAUAGAUAAGACACCCCUUAUCACAACUGAUGUGUGUUUCUGUAACAGUAUCACAGCUGAUGUGUGUUUCUGUAACAGUAUCACAGCUGAUGUGUAUUUCUGUAACAGUAUCACAGCUGAUGUGUGUUUCUGUAACAGUAUCCCAAAUGUUAUGUGUUUCUGUAAUUGA